CCUGCGGUCCCUAGCUCCCCACCGUCAAAAGCCUGUUCUAGAUACAUGGCCCCUGAUAUCCAGCCGGACUGGAAAUCUCUGGAUACCUACGCAGACUUGCACGCUCCACGUGAAGUUAAUAAUGAAAACUGCCCUCCUCCUUACCAAUGCUGCGUAAUAACACAGGAUGUGGAUGACUCUCUUGAGCUGAAUUUUGGCUGAAUUCUUUUUUUUUUUUUUUUAAACAUUAACUGAUGCACUUUUGGGAGAGAGGAUGCGAUUUAAUCAUAUGUGUUCUUGCUGCAGCACAGGAUGAGAUAUCCAGACUGAAGUGCAUUGGGUAUUGGAACUGAAGGGCUAUGGAGCAGUAUACAACAAACAGCAACAGUUCCACUGAACAGAUUGUUGUGCAAGCAGGACAGAUUCAACAACAGCAGCAGGGUGGUGUCACUGCUGUCCAGUUGCAGACAGAGGCCCAGGUGGCAACCGCCUCAGGCCAGCAAGUCCAGACCCUCCAGGUAGUCCAGGGUCAGCCAUUAAUGGUACAAGUAAGCGGAGGUCAGCUGAUCACAUCAACUGGCCAGCCGAUUAUGGUGCAAGCUGUGCCUGGGGGUCAGGGCCAGACCAUCAUGCAAGUCCCAGUUUCUGGAUCACAAGGAUUGCAGCAGAUUCAGUUGGUCCAGCCAGGUCAGAUUCAGAUUCAAGGUGGGCAAGCUGUGCAGGUACAGGGUCAACAAGGCCAGACCCAGCAAAUCAUUAUUCAGCAGCCCCAGACUGCAGUUACUGCUGGACAGACACAGACCCAGCAGCAAAUAGCAGUUCAGGGGCAGCAGGUGGCACAGACCGCAGAAGGCCAGACCAUUGUUUAUCAGCCUGUUAAUGCUGAUGGAACCAUUCUUCAGCAAGUUACAGUCCCUGUUACAGGCAUGAUCACCAUCCCAGCAGCCAGUUUGGCAGGAGCACAAAUUGUCCAAGCAGGAGCCAACACCAAUACAACUAGCAGUGGACAAGGGACUGUAACUGUCACACUACCAGUUGCUGGAAAUGUGGUCAAUUCGGGCGGAAUGGUUAUGAUGGUACCAGGGGCUGGAUCGGUACCAGCUAUUCAGAGGAUUCCAUUGCCUGGGGCUGAGAUGCUUGAAGAGGAGCCCCUCUAUGUAAAUGCCAAGCAGUACCACCGAAUCUUGAAGAGGAGGCAGGCACGAGCCAAGCUGGAAGCUGAGGGGAAAAUACCCAAAGAGAGGAGGAAAUACUUGCAUGAGUCUCGACAUCGUCAUGCCAUGGCUAGGAAGCGGGGAGAAGGUGGGCGUUUUUUCUCACCAAAGGAAAAGGAUGGCCCCCAUAUGCAGGAUCCGUCUCAGGCAAAUGAAGAAGCAAUGACACAGAUGAUCAGAGUAUCCUAACACCUUUCUGAAAGAAAAAGUAACUGAACAAGUUUCCUGCCCCUUUGCAAGUGUGUCCUAUCUUACCAGUGUAUCAAGCAAACCUUCCAAUGGGACAAUCACCAUAUCUCAGCCUACCCUUUUGUAUCCGACAAAAACCACCUUGCCACUAAGUGGUUUGUUUGGGAUUUUAACUGCAGUGGACUCAGCAAAUAGAAAUUGUAGGGACCUUCUUGGUAUACCCUGUUUAAUUGAAUACAGGGGUUUGAAAGUCUGACAGUUCAUGCCUUUUACAUUUCUUGAAUUAAGGUUGGCCAAUUGACAGUGAUUAGCAAUAACUCUGGCAUGCUGAAGCAGGGCUAACUAAGACCAUAGAGAGCCAUAGCCCUUCUGCAGAGGAGAAAACCAGUUUGUAGCAACCGAAACAAACAUGGCUACACCACAGUGCUUUGUUUUCCCAAUGGAGUCUUGUUGUUUUUAUCCACUCCUCACAGCUUUGGACAUUAUUUACUGACAGCUGAACUGUUCACUUAUAUUUGCAUUUGCCUUUCUGGAACUGUAUAACAGAACAGAAAGAGGGUCUCUAAGCUCCAUCCUGUAAAAAUAAGUAGACCUCAAGCUCUUUUCUGGGAAAAGUUCAACCAUUUUGUCAAGUUGGUAUGAAUAUUGCAAGACUUUUACAAGAACUGAAAUAUUCUAUAUCUGUUCCAAGGAGUGAGCUGGGAGUGACACAUUAACACAUUGCUCAGAGUAAAGUAGGGAAAACAACUCAUGUCUUUUGCUAGCAAUUGAAAAGAUAAAUCCAACUGCUGGGAUAAAAAUGAUAGAAGGGGUUGAGAUUCUAGAAGAAGUUCAGUGUCUGUUUUUACUUUGCCAGUGCAGUGCUUGAUUACUCCAAAAGAGAGAAAAUCUGGAGCCUGAGAAUGGAGGGGAUUGAGUAUUUCCCAGAGUGGCUGGUUUUGAGUGUCCAGGGGGUUAUGUACAGUGCUUUGACCUUAUUUGGGAUGAAGGAUGGCUCUAUCACAGCUGGAGCAGAGCACAGCUCGAAUGGGUGCAUCCUGGUCCAGCUCAAAAGUCUAGUUAUGUAGCGAGGGCAGAUGUUGAUGGUGAUCCCUUUAGGCUUUUUAUGAAAUGUCCUCUUUUAUAAACACAGCUCUUAUGGAAUGAAGGAGAAAUAUUUGCUUUUUUAAAAAAAAAUAGGGUCCCUCUUUUGUGACUUCUUUAUAUUGCUUCCUAUUGAAUUAUUUGUGAUUAGCCGCUGUUAUUUUGAACUUGGUCCAUCAUCAUGGGUUUGAAAUUUGGCAAUGGGAAUCUGAGGCUUCUAGAGCUUUCUAGCAAGUGACAUUUAGCUGCCCAUUUCCACCCUUGCCUCCAUCCACACUUUAGCGUAGGUAAUUCUGCUGCUUCCAGUUUUUGUGUGCUCUGUGGUUUAAAUCUUAAGACUCUGUUGGGUCACAAGAAUGAAGUGUGAUGGGUGAACCUGAAUGACAAAAGCAGUAGAGAGGAGAGUCUUCAUGGGCAAAGUAGUGAAAAAGGCAAUUUGGAAAGGCCAGGUAAAUUUCAGGGGAGUCUGUCUUAAGGAAGCAGCGCAAGCACAGUUGUCGGGAGAAUAUGUCCUAUACCAUCUCUUCAAAUCAUGACAAAAGAGGAAAGCUCAAGGUAACAACUUAGUUGUGCAAACUGCAGGAAGAAAAUAGAGUGGCAAACAGAAGGGGGGGGGGAACAGUCCCAACCAAAAGACCCCUUUCCUUUGGAUAAAAGGAUACUAAAUCUAAGACAGUUAAAAACAGGUGGACGAGGAUCAAAGAGAAACAGAAAAAGGGGAAAUGAUGUAUUUCAGUUUGUCAGCAGUCAGCCUGGAGUGGGAGAGUGCCUGAGCAUCUGUUCUGCCAAGUUCAGUGCCUCUUGACCCACCAUGAUUGAUAACAUGAAGUAAAGCUUGCAAGGACCUGUCUGAUUUGUUGGUGACAUCCACAGUUAAAGGGUAACAUGGAACCCUAGUUUGAAUUUGAGAUGUGUCAAUAAAGGAAUAAACUAUUUUUUAUAUUCUGUCUUUGAUUGUGUUUGUCACCUGCACAAAUAUUCUGUUUCUGAAUUUGGCAUUGUCAUUUUUUAUUCAAAAAGCAUUACUUUGCCUCCUCCAUUGUUGGCAUCUCUGGCUGCCUUUUGGUUGCUCCAAUUUACAGUAUUUUGGCCAAUUAAGAGUAUGGUGCUUUUUUUUCUUCACUCAGCUACUAUGAAACCCUUGCUUAACAUUUUUUGUCAUGUCACCUGUUUCAGGAAUUAUCUAGUUCUUUCCUAGUGAAGGAACAGUAAAUAUUUUGCUUUGUUUAAAUGAACAUUAUUGUAAAUACUUUUUAAGAGCAUUUGUACAUUUUUUUUCAGUCUGGGUUACUGAUGCACGUUGGGGGCGGUGGGGAGGGGGUGGAGGAGGAGGAGUUCCAUUCUGGCUUUUAAGGUAGCUUCUCAAUCUUUCGCUUUCAUUUUACAAUCAAUUUCUAUCCCUGUGAAUCUUCUCUGGGAGUUGGGGGAAGUUAGGGAAAUGGAGGUUGUUGGUCUGACAUCUCGUAUCUUAAUCAUUAGCCCCAGGGUUUGUUUUCAUUAAGAACUUAUCAAACUCUUCACAGAACAUUCAGAACUUCAUCCAGAUAAUUCUCCUACCCCUACUUAAGUUCUUUGAUCCAUAGUUGUAGAAGGUGUAUAAAGACCUAUGCAUUUGUGCUACAUAGAGAGUUCUUGUAGUUAAGUUUGUAUACAGUGGUGUGAAAGCUGGGUGUUAGUCAUAUACCGUUUUGGUUUGUUUUGGUUUUCCUGUAUUCAUUGACCCUUCUGAAGGCCUUUGUUUGCUCAGUGAGAUUGAAGAUCUCAGCACCAUGUUACAAAAAGCUUUCAGACUUUUUUACAAAUAAAUUAUAAAACUGGAGAUGUUGCCAGAUAAAAGCCUGUAGUAAUGGGCUGUGAGAACUUGAGCUUUUAUAUUGGCUAGAUUUGGACAUAUCCAGAUUGGGAGCUCAGUACACAGUAGGACAGAUCAGGAUACAAUAAAUAAUGAUGGGUUUAAGAACUCGGUGCUUGGUUAUUUGACUUCUAAAGCGCUGGUUCAGCGAACCUAUCAAAACCAGUUUUAUACAAAUGUAGAAUGGGGUGUGGGAAAUGAUCCCCCAAGUGAUGCUAAAUAGUUGCAAAGGCUUUUGCAUGUUAAAGUCUCUUUCUUACUUUGUGGAGGGGGGGAGACAUUGAGUUUUGUGUAACGUAAGGCGAAGUUUGUAAAUAGUUAAAAAGUUUAUAAUUUUUUUUAUAUGAUGCAUUUUUUCAAGUGUAUUUUGUCUUUAAUAGAUGCAAUUGUAAGUACUGUGUACACUAUCCAGCAAAUAAAAACUUUAUA